CCAUCGUUAAGUUUCACUCAACCUCUAUUCCCACUCAGUCUCAUUAACGAGUGGCUUCCGUAACUGUUCCUAAGGUCGAUCUAUAAAUACAAGAGUUUGGAGCGAUGAGAAUCAACACCACCGAGAUACUCAUAUCUUUGAUAAUCGGACACAAGUUCUUCAAUAAUGUCGUCUUCUUAUGUUCUGCUCCCUAACUUGAGACCCGGCCGUUCCUCUAACACGGCAGAGGUGCGACUUCUAAGGUUCUGGGAAGCUCGCAAUGUCAGGAAAGGUGGAGAGGUUAUGAGUGUUGACAUGCUUCUUCUCGAUGAACAGUUUGUUCUUUAUGCGUCGCAGUCUACACUCAUCCACGGGAUCAUCAACUCGAGCUGCGUCUGACACUUUCCAGAAACGGCUCAGUGAAGGCUCAGUGUACUCUCUCAAUGGUUUUGAUGUCGGGCGAAGUAACCCAAAAUUCAGACUCUCUGACACUCCUGUGUCCAUACGAUUCAGUGAGGGGACUUUUUUUGAAGAAAAGAAUACCGACGAGUGGUUCCGAUUCCGUAGCCACAAGCAGUUUCUGACUUUGGCUAACACGAACAAAGAACUCCCUGAUAUUUUUGGUGAACUAAAUACCAUCAGAAGCACGAUCACCGACGGACUCGACGGUUCUCAGCGUGUAAUGGUUACUCUGCGUUUGGAAGGGGGUGUCCAUGUUUGUGUCAGUUUGUUUUACGGCCAUACUGUGACUUUCCAAGCUAGGUUUGAUCAGCACACCACUGAGCCAAAGGUUAUGAUUUUUACCAGCGUCAACCCCAAAGUUGUUGGAGGGAAGCUUUUCCUCAACGCUACAUCUGGUACUCACUUUUAUUUCGACUGUGACACAUCAAUUGAUAAAGAACAUUAUGAAAGACUGGUUGGGAAUGGAGCAAAUGCGAACCAAGUCAAAAGUGAUUCUUGCUCAGAAAAUUGAGCCAUUAACCGUUGCUGAACUUAACCAACUAUUAAGUUUUUGUGCAAGGCCGAGGUAACCAGUCUUCAGUCAGAAAAGGGAUGGGGCUAUAUUGGAUACUCCAAGUGUGCAUAGAAGCUUCAGCGUGAUGAUACGUCUUUCACUUGUCUCUCAUGUGAUAGGCAAAACGCUAUGGGUGUAUUGAGCCAUCCGCACCGACUGCUCCAUCCGACGGUCUUCAAGCUGCAAACAAGCAAAAACUUGUCGACAAUGGGAACAUGAGGAAGAAGGCACGCAAGGAGUAGAUCAACGUGAAUUGCAUCAUUCUCCACCUCCUAUCCAUUAAUGCUCUAUCUUUAUCUUCUUUUUUCGUCUUAAUAAUUUGGACCCUUUAGUAUUUUUUAUUAUUACAGAUUUGAACUCUUUAUUUGGUGGAUGUUUUUUUUAUGAAUGCAAUUUGCUCUUUUUCUUUUAAGAUUAUAGUCUUCUCA